AUGUUUUCGGAUCGCAGUAUUGAGCUGCGCGUAACAACGUACGCCUUCUGCCGCGCGUUGAUCUCGCCCCCUCCUCCCUCAGACCUCUUAUCACAUUACUUUACCAGCUCGCCCAAGAUCACAGAGCAUGGCCCUGAGUGGUCACGCUCGCGGCUGCCUUUCCUAGCCAAGACCUUCUCUGGCAAAGACGGUUGCGAGGAGUAUUUCAAGUUGAUGACUGAUGUGCUGGACAUGGUCUUGCCGGAUGAUGCGUUCCCGAGAGAGAACGGGUUCAUUGUGGAUGCAGAUGCUGGGAUGGUGAGUGUAGUUGGUAAAGGAAGGUUUACGAGCAAGAAGACGGGCAAGGGAUGGGAUGAGCAGUUCAUCUAUCGGUUUAGUGGGUUUGAUCAUGAGGGGAAGAUAGGGCAUUGGGAGAUUUGGGCGGAUCCUUUGAGUGCUUGGGAGGCUGUUGGGGAGUGA